AUGCCCAAUGCGCAAAGCGAGACCUGUUACCAUCGCGUGGCGGCGUGUGAAGCAAACACCGGUGCCGUAAAUCGUCCAGUCUGCGGCUCCGACGGACAUAACUACCCUUCAAAAUGUCACUUAAUGAAGGCGCAGUGCUCAGGAGAACCUAUUGUAAUGGCCCACAGAGGACCCUGCACAGACAGUCAAACUUCAUGUAUGGCGGUGCUGCGUUAUGCAUUGAAACAAGGCGGUCGUCGUGCCACAUUUGUGCCGCGGUGCCGCGCUGACGGCACUUAUGCCGCUGUGCAAUGUGCCGCUGCAGGUGCAGCAGCUGGCUGUUGGUGCGUCACCGCCGACGGGAAACCUCUGCCCGAUACAGCUGUGAGGAACGGAAGGCCAGAUUGUACGAGGACUGGUAAAUCUCAAACAAAGCGGCGCUCUUCCGUUCGAGGUCAACGUAAUAAGAAAAGUUGCACCAGAGUAGAUAGAGCACAGUUCAAUGGAAAUCUUAUCAAAAUAUUCAGUGGUGAAUACGACCGUGCCCGAGCUGAAAAUGGAGGGGCCUCGGAUCCUCGGGGAGUGGCUGAUUGGAAAUUCAGAGAACUGGAUCGUGAUAGAAGUGGGACACUGCAGAAGUCUGAGUAUCGCGGCUUGCGGAGACUCAUCAAAAAGGUGGUAAAACCAAAACGAUGCGCACGCGCAUGGGCCCGCGGUUGUGAUGGCGAUGGGGACGGGGAGAUAGCUCGCUCGGAGUGGGCCGCAUGUCUCCUGGCUAGCCCGGACCCACCAGCUCCGGACUUCUCUCUCCGUUUCUUCAUGUCGUUGAAUGCAGACGACGAUAGUGUUCCAGAGCCUGAACCGGACUACGAAGAAGAACCACCUCCAGACCCCAGUUCAGUAUUGCCUGGCAUAAUGCGGAAUUCUUUCGCUCCAGACGGUUCUGUUGUAAGAGAAGACGAAACAAACGACUGUCUCACAGAUCGACAAGCCGUGCUAGACGAACAGAAAGCUGGCAGUGCUGUUUUAUACGUGCCGGAGUGUACGGGCGACGGUCGGUAUGCGCGCGCGCAGUGUUACCGCUCCACCGGCUACUGCUGGUGCGUUCAUCAAGACACGGGCAAGCCUAUACCGGGGUCGUCGGUCAAGGACGCCAAGCCGGACUGCGACGCCGCUCCACAACACGCCAGCCCAAUGAGAGGUUGCCCAGAACCAAUGAAGAGUCAUUUUCUCCAUGACCUGAUAAGUUUCUUCAUAUCAAAGAUGACUACUUCUAUCAACGGCACGGGUCCAGGAGAUGUGGUAAAAUGGGGGGCGUCUAAGGAGGAGCAAGCAGCUACUUGGACAUAUGUUAUGUUAGACAAAGACAAAAACAAAGCCUUGGAGAGACGGGAGUGGAAAGCUUUCCACCAGCUGAUAUCAAAUAUGGAGCCAUUGAGAAGAUGUGGAAGGAAACUCCCUCGUUACUGUGACGUGAACCAUGAUUCCAAGAUUAGUAUUACAGAAUGGAUGGCCUGCUUGGAGGUCACACAAGCAGCACACGGACAUACCACUGAAACCACAAAAGUUCCAUCUAAUCCAAGAAGAAAAGGACCCAAUCCUCUCGAAUCGAUUCUAAAGGCCGACGACUAG